ACCGCUGGUCUCAGGAGGACAUGCUGACUCUGCUGGAGUGCAUGAAGAAUAACCUGCCCUCCAACGACGGGAGCAAGUUCAAAACCACCGAGUCCCACCUGGACUGGGAGAAAGUGGCUUUCAAGGACUUCUCGGGGGAGAUGUGCAAGAUGAAGUGGAUGGAGAUUUCUAACGAGGUGAGGAAGUUUCGGACCCUCACAGAGCUCAUUAUGGACGCCGAGGAGCACGUGAAGAAUCCUUACAAGGGCAAAAAGCUCAAGAAACACCCCGACUUCCCCAAGAAGCCCCUGACUCCCUAUUUCCGCUUCUUCAUGGAGAAGCGGGCCAAAUACGCCAAGCUUCACCCCGAAAUGAGCAACCUGGAUCUCACCAAGAUCCUGUCCAAGAAAUACAAGGAGCUUCCUGAGAAGAAAAAGAUGAAAUAUAUCCAGGACUUCCAGCGAGAGAAGCAGGAGUUUGAGAGGAACCUGGCGAGGUUCAGGGAAGAUCACCCGGACCUCAUCCAGAACGCCAAGAAAUCCGACGUCCCCGAAAAACCCAAGACCCCCCAGCAGCUGUGGUACAACCACGAGAAGAAGAUCUACUUGAAAGUGCGUCCAGAUGCCACCACGAAGGAGGUGAAAGAGUCGCUGGGCAAGCAGUGGUCUCAACUCUCGGAUAAAAAGAGGCUGAAAUGGAUUCAUAAGGCCCUGGAACAGCGGAAGGAGUACGAGGAGAUCAUGCGGGACUACAUCCAGAAGCACCCCGAGCUGAACAUCAGCGAGGAGGGCAUCACCCGCUCCACGCUCACCAAGGCUGAGCGGCAGCUCAAGGACAAAUUCGACGGCCGACCCACGAAGCCCCCUCCGAAUAGCUACUCCCUCUACUGUGCAGAGCUGAUGGCCAACAUGAAAGACGUGCCCAGCACCGAGCGGAUGGUGCUGUGCAGCCAGCAGUGGAAGCUGCUGUCCCAGAAGGAAAAGGACGCGUACCACAAAAAGUGUGACCAGAAAAAGAAAGACUACGAGAUCGAGCUCCUCCGCUUCCUGGAGAGCCUGCCCGAGGAGGAGCAGCAACGGGUGCUCGGCGAGGAGAAGAUGCUGGGCAGCAAUCGGAAAGGGGCGACGAGUCCCGCAUCCAAAAAGUCCUCACCAGAGACCGGCAAGGCCAGCUCAGAGAAGCCCAAACGACCCAUCUCAGCCAUGUUCAUCUUUUCGGAAGAGAAGCGGAAGCAGCUGCAGGAGGAGCGGCCGGAGCUUUCGGAGAGCGAGCUGACCCGGCUCCUGGCCCGCAUGUGGAACGACCUCUCCGAGAAGAAGAAGGCCAAGUACAAAGCGCGGGAGGCGGCGAUGAAGGCGCAGUCGGAGAAGAAGCACGGCUCAGAUAAAGAGGAGCGUGGGAAGCUGCCCGAGUCCCCCAAAACGGCCGAGGAGAUCUGGCAACAGAGCGUCAUUGGAGACUACCUGGCUCNNNCGCAGAACGACCGGGGGAAAGCGCUGAAGGCCAUGGAGGCCACUUGGAACAACAUGGAGAAGAAGGAGAAGCUGAUGUGGAUCAAGAAAGCGGCGGAGGAUCAGAAGCGAUACGAGAGGGAGCUGAGCGAGAUGCGGGCCCCUCCGUGCUCCACCAACUCCACCAAGAAAAUGAAGUUCCAGGGAGAGCCGAAGAAACCCCCCAUGAACGGUUACCAGAAGUUCUCCCAGGAGCUGCUGUCCAACGGGGAACUGAACCACCUCCCGCUGAAGGAGCGGAUGGGCCGCUGGCAGCGCAUCUCGCAGGGCCAGAAGGACCACUACAAGAAGCUGGCGGAGGAGCAGCAGAAGCAGUACAAGGUGCACCUCGACAUCUGGCUCAAGAGCCUCUCGCCACAGGAGCGCGCUGCCUACAAGGAGCACACUUCCAAUAAACGCAAGAGCAUAGGGAAAAUCCGGGGCCCCAACCCCAAGAUGAAGCCAACAAUGCAGUCCAAGUCGGAGUCAGAGGACGACGACGAGGAAGACGAGGAGGAGGAAGACGACGAUGAAGACGAGGACGACGACGACGACAACGGCGACUCCUCGGAGGAAGGCGGCGACUCCUCGGAGUCCAGCAGCGAGGAGGAGAGCGAGGACGGGGACGAG